AUGGCUGCUGCCAACCAGGGCGCACCCUCCUCCUAUCCCGGCGGCCCCCCUCCUCCAGGCGGCGGCGGCGGCCCAGCAUACCCCGGACAGCAACAGUACCAGGCCUACCCCGGCCCUGGCGGCCCCGGCGGCCCUCCGCCACCCCAACUCCUCCUCCUCCUCUUCCUGCUUUCUUCAGGCAACAUUGCAUUGAACAACCUCUGUCCGCCGUUAUUUCACCCGCUAUCUGCACCUGUUUUCUGUUGUCGUUGUCGUUUUUUGCUUCUUUUGGUUCCUGUUCCGCUGUUUGCUUGUGACGUCAUAACUAUGGCUUGUUUCUCGGACCAAGUAACAAAUCUCUAUAACUAUGCUUUUGAUCGCGAGCCAACUGCAAAAGAAAAGGCCUUUGCUGGCCUGGCUCAUGACCAUAGCAAUCAAUCCGAACUCCCAUAA